AAGCGCCAAUCGGUCACCAGUUUUCACGGCAUACGCGCGAAGCUGGUCGAAUUUAUGCCGAAAACGGGAAACACGCUUUUGUUAUUCCCAAGGGCUCUUCCCGUAGUUAACGUGAGAUUUUUAAGUCACACAUUUUUUAACUUACCAAAACCGAUUGGAGAAAGCACAGACAAAUGGCCGAUGGAAGCUCCGUGUCGGCCGACCACAGAGUCAUCGAGCUCGAGUUCAAGCAAAAAACCAUCAACAGUCUCUUCCCCUCCAACAAAAUAACAACGAGAAAGUACACGUUAUGGAACUUCCUGCCGAAGAACCUGUUCGAGCAGUUCCGUCGCGUGGGAAACUUUUACUUUCUGGUGAGCUCGGUAAUCGCGACCGUCAUAGAGUCCCCGGUGUCGCCGCUGACCAGCUGGUUACCCCUUCUGUUUGUCAUAUUCGUGUCCGCCUGCAAGCAAGGCUACGAGGAUCUCAAGCGCUACCGAUCCGACCGGAGGGUCAACAAUCUGCCCGUCACCGUCGUUCGGCGCUCGGGAGUCCAGGAAAUCCGAUGCAAGGACAUUGCGGUCGGCGACGUAGUCAGGGUUAACAGGGACGACGAGGUGCCGUGCGACCUCGUGAUUUUGUAUAGCAGCGUCGACACGGGCAGGUGCUACGUCACAACUUCGAAUCUGGACGGCGAGACAAAUUUAAAAACCUUGCAGGUGCCAAAGGUACUGGCGGAUCUGGAGGAUGCUAGCGAUAUCGUGUCGACAAAGGGGACAAUCACCUGUCAGUCCCCGAUGGCCGGCCUGUACAGGUUCGAGGGCCGGAUCCAGGUGAGCGUGAAGCCACCGGACGGGGAGCGCGUCACUCGCACCGGGCCUCUGACAAUCGACAAUUUGCUUCUUCGGGGGGCCACCCUCAAGGACACGUGCUACAUACUCGGUUGCGCCGUGUACACGGGACGCGACACCAAACUCUCGCUCAACUCGAAUCUUAAGACCCGCAAGAGCUCCCUCGCCGACAGCUCGAUAAACAAGUUUCUCCUGGUGUUUAUCGUUUUUUUGUUGGCCGAAGUGAUAUUUUGCACCGGCAUGAAGAUACCCACCGACAAAAAGGCCAAGUGGAACCACUACUUUGGAGAUUACACCAAAGACAUGCUCGGGAGUCUUACGAACAAUUUCUUUUCCUUCAUCGUUCUCCUCAACUACAUACUACCGAUAUCCCUUUACGUGACGUUAGAGAUGCAGAAAUUUUUGGGAUCCUACCUGUUCAACUGGGACCUGAAAAUGUACGACGAGUCGAGCGAUCAGCCGGCGCAAGCCAAUACCUCGGAUCUCAAUGAAAACCUGGGCCAAAUCGAGUACCUCUUCUCGGACAAGACCGGCACGCUCACGGAAAACCUGAUGAUUUUUCGAAGGUGCUUCGUCGACGGCUACUCUUACAUGGAAAACGACUGCGAUGGCCAUUUGUACCUUUUGCCACCCGAUGGGCGCGCCACCGACGCCCAAAGGAUUAAAAACUGGACCCGAGAAGUGCACUUGUUCAUGCUGGCCAUUUCCGUAUGCCAUGACGCGCACAUAGCACCCCCGAGCCAAAAGGCCAAAGCGAAAAUGCUGCGCACCGUGUUCCGGGAGAGCUUCAGGGUGAAAAAACACGCGAGGAUCAACAGCUCCCUCAUGAUGGACCCCGACUUGCCGGAAUACGAGGCAGCAUCGAUCGACGAAAAAUCCCUCGUCGAGGCAGCCGCUCGGCUGGGAGUGAUAUUUCUGGGCGAAAAGAACGACGACGAAAUCGAAGUCAACCUCAAGGGCACGAUCAUGAGAUUCGAAAAGCUCGAGAGCCUCGAGUUUACUUCGGAUAGAAAACGAAUGUCCGUCGUGAUCCAGGACCCAGACGGAGAUGUAAGGCUGUACUGCAAGGGGGCGGACUCGUCCCUUUUUCCUCUAAUCGUGGAAGGGAAAACCGAAGAAGCCAAGACGAGCGUCAACGACUUUUCUAUGAGGGGACUGAGGACCCUCGUUUACGGGUACAAAAAAUUGUCACCGGCGGAAUUCGUCCGCCACAGGGACAAGAUGAACGAGGCACGGCAGACGAUCGGCGCGGAGCGCAAGAAGCGCGUCGAACAGGCGUACGCGAACCUCGAGACCGGCCUGACGCUGUUGGGCGUCAGUGCGCUCGAGGACCGGUUGCAGGAGUGCGUCCCCGAAACCAUGGAGCGACUCCAAGCAGCUGGAAUCAAGAUUUGGGUUCUGACCGGCGACAAGGCCGAGACGGCCGAGAAUAUUGCCUUCUCCUGCGGGCACUUCAAGAAGGGCACGGUGGUCAUGAGGAUGAUGAACCUGCCCUCGGCCCAGUCCUGUUUCAGCACCUUGACGAGUUUUGAGCGGAAAAUGAAGAUUGAGCCCUGCGUCCAGCGUGGGCUGCUGAUGGACGGGGCCAGCCAAGCGAUGGCCUUGAAAACUUGUCCGUAUUUACUGAGAAACGUGGCAAUGGCCUGCGAUGCCGUGGUUUGCUGCCGCAUGUCUCCCCUUCAGAAGAGCCAGAUAGUGCAGCUUGUCAAGCGGUCGCCGAGCAAACCGAUGACGGCUGCUAUCGGGGACGGUGGGAACGACGUUUCCAUGAUUAAGGAGGCCCACGUGGGCUUGGGAAUAAUGGGGAAGGAGGGCCGACAGGCGGCAAUGAAUGCAGAUUAUGCUUUUGCGAGAUUUAUGCACCUUCAGCGGGCACUGCUCGUUCACGGGCAUUGGUACUACCUGCGAGUGGCAGUACUCACCAUGUACUUUUUUUACAAGAACGUCGUGUUUAUCACGCCCCAACUGUUCUUUAGUUUUCACAAUGGGUUUUCUGGUCAACUUUUAAAGGCAGUUGCAGUACGCAACCGCGAUAACAAUAAUACUUUUUAA